CCGGUGUGAGACUCGGGUUGUUUUCUCAAAAAAAGGAAAAAAAAAGAAAAAGAGAAGAGGUGGCCCUUAAGGGCCAGUUGUUAUGGAAAACAAAAAGAGGCCCAAUCGCGGCCGUCGAUCAUCGCUAUCAACGGGCCACAGUGGGUCCUGUUUUAUCCGACAAUCGCAACGGACGGCUUCCCCGACCACCACCCUUGUACGCGCGGAGUUGGAAGUUCACCCCGACGCCUUGUCCACAACACAAUACCACCCUCGUUUGCCGCCAGGCCUCAUCCAGACCUGUGGGAUCAAUAUGGCCACCUGUGGGAGUCAUGGCUGCGACCGAUGGCUCUCUGUCUCCCGCAGUGCUUUAUCAGAGAAUUGCAGGUGGUCUACCAUGGCCGCUACCAGCCAAGGGGUGAUGUCACGGGAUCGUCACCACAGCGCAGAACAUUUUGUAGUUAUUCCGCUCAAGGUGGGCAUGGACUCCAAGCUCUGUGUCGAUUCAGCUCAGCGGAUAUCAGCUCCUGCUUCCAGAUCCAAGUCUUUGAAGCAUGAUCGAAAGCUCACCUCGUUCCGGCAGGUGGUUGGAAGAGCCAUCCUGCUUUCUGAUGGAUUGCUACGCAUUUGUGAGAAUGUGGAUCAGACUUCGACGAUGUCGCUGAGACUGUCUGGCGCUGCAGUUUGUGGCGCUCCGAGCUCGAACCGCAGAUUGAAAAGGAGUUUGAAACAGACCUCCAGGUUCCGGUCGGAGGUUAAGACAAACUGUUCUGCUCUUCAUGCAGUUUCCCCAGUUGGCCAUUCUAGGCGUUUCACACAUGUUCGGGAUGUGGUAGAUGGGAGGAGGGUCGAUUCCAGUUCAUGGUUGGUGGGCCGCCGGCGCAAGCAUAUUGUCCAUGUCGGGGAGGUGGUGGUCGAUACAAUAACCAUUGAGGAAAAAGAGAUAGGGAAUGGAGAUGAUCGUGCAGGCGAUACUCCAAGCAAUGUCGAUGGGAGGGUCGCGGUGGGGACAAUACCACUUGAGGAGAACGGGGUGGGGAAAGAGGAUGCUGGGGCAGACAAGACUCCGACUCCGAGUAAUGUCAGUAGUGGAGGGACAGUAGACACGACUACCAUUGCGGAGAAGCAGGUUAAUAGCGAUGACGUGACGCGAGAUGCUCCGAGGAGUAAAAUAGUAAUUGAGGAAGACUACUUGCUGACGGCAGAACCUAUACUGCUAUCGAAAGAGUUCAGCAUGAAGGAGAAGUUGCGGCUUGCUUGGCGAGCACUGAAGCUCCCCAUCUAUUCUGUCGCUCUCCUGCCCAUCUUGAUGGGUGGUGCGCUAGCAUACUAUGAAACCGGGGUGUUCAGUUUUCAGAGGUUUCAAGCUUUUGUGGUGCCAUCAUUCUUGGUGAUGACAUGGCUACAUUUCAGUAAUGAUUAUUAUGAUUCUGUGACGGGAGUCGACAAGAACAAAAAGGAAUCAUAUGUUAAUCUCAUAGGAAGACGUGGACCUGUAUUGGCUGCAGGUAUAGCUAUUCUUGGCUUGGGGUUGGUGCAGUUUUUCAAGCUUGCUAUGACAUUGGGUGAUCAAAGGAUUAGCCUUUUUCUGUCUGUGGCAAUUGCUUGUGGGUACGUCUAUCAGUGCCCUCCAUUCAGAUUGAGCUACGUUGGCGUGGGCGAACCACUGUGCUUUGUGGCAUUUGGGAUUGCAACAGUUGCGUUUCACCUUGGGCAAAUUCAACCCAGUGUGGUAGGAAGUUUGCAUCCAAUUUCUCCCGGAGCAUGGGGAGCGUCUGCUCUUCUGGGGAUGACCACCUCACUCAUUCUCUUUUGCAGCCAUUUUCACCAGAUCGAGGAUGAUCGCAAAGCAGGUAAACUGUCACCGAUGGUGAGACUUGGAAGUAAGGAGAAGGGGGCAGCCAUCGUAUCGAUGGUGCUGCCGGUCAUCUACUGUACUGGCAUCGGCCUUGUACUGCUCAAAGUUCUUCCACUCACAUGCUUGCUGGGAUUCGCGCUUAGCUCGCCUGUAGCAGGAGUAAUGAGAAAUUUCAUUCUUCAAAAUUAUCAUGAUCCCCAUAGGAAGUUCAGUGAACUGGAUGCGAGUCUGGACAUUCUGUGGAGACCAUGGAGAAACUCAGAGGCUGGUAUGAAUGUGAGACUCUGAUGAAUUGCCGGAUCUCUCUCUGCACUUUAACAAAGUGGCCCCUCUCCG